AUGUUAAUAUUGGUCGAUAGUCUGUGUAUUGUGUUAUUUAUAUUGGGUCUAAUUGGAAAUGUCAUUGGUCUUAUUGUUUUCUCAUCUCGUCGAUUUCGUCAUACAACUUAUUCUCAUUUAGCUUUAGCAAGUUUUAUAUUAAAUUUAUUGUGUGUAUUUCGUUAUUCGAUUCUUUUAAAUUCAUCCACUCGAAAAUGGAUGUCAAUAGCUGUUGCUCAUUCAUGGUUAAAUUGUAAACUCUAUCGUUUAUCAUCAUGUUUGAGAAUAUUAUCAGCAUGGAUUACCGUAUUCUGGGUAUAUGAACGAUUUAUAUAUGUAUCAAAUAUUUUACAAAGUAUUCUAAUUAAGCGAACAUGGUUAAUAUCUUAUAAAUAUUAUUAUUUAACAUUUAUUUCAUUUAUUAUUAUUCUCAUUGUAACAGGACCCAAUGUUUACUUCUAUAUUCCACAAUCAACUAAUAUAACUUUAUCAUCAGAAAAAAUAUUAUCAGUAAUAAAUACAAAUGUUUCAAAUCAAUCAUUAUUGUUCCUAACUUCUACUAUAUCAUCAGUAAUCUCUAACAAUAACCGUUUAAAAGACGAUUUUAAUCAACUUUAUGCAAAAACAUCUACCCAUUGUAGUUUCGAUUCAAAUAUUUCACCAAAAUGGCGUGCAUAUUUUCAAGAUGUUUCAUAUGGUUUCAAUUAUUAUACUAUCCGUUGUAUAUUUUCCGAGUUAAUACCUUCUAUAGCUGUAACAACAUUUAACAUUGGGAUUAUUCUUCGAAUCUCAAAAGCUACAUGUCAAUUUAAACAUAUUAUAAAGAAAAAGCGUCCAACGACCACAACAAUUAGAAAAAAUACUAAAUAUGUGACAAAAACAACAACAACAAAAAUAACAACAACGAAAACAAUAAAUAAAAGACGAGUUGAAGUUGAAGAUGCCUUCAGUGGUCCAAAAACAUCAUGGAUGAAUAUUGUACUUAUUUUACACAGUUGUCUAUUUUUCUUUUCAUCAUUGACACAUACCAUUGUCUAUUGGUGUACUUCCAAUGCAUUACUCUCCUACUGGGUUUCUGUCAUUAUUUUAGCCAAUUGUUCUCUCAAUUUUUAUGUUUAUUGUUUGAGUGGAAAAACAUUUCGUCAAGAAAUUCGACGACUUUUCAAACGGUAUAGAUCAAAAUUAUCAAAUAUUCUUAUUUGUGAACAUUCAUCAUCGUUACAUUCUGGACGAUUAAGUGCAAAUACAGAAAUUAAAUUAAAAAAUAGAAAAUUUCGUUUUACGUGUAAAAUGUAA